AGGGAACUUUUCUGCAGCAGCGGAAAUUGCUGAACUAAAAGUUGAUGUUCUUCAGAAAUCUGAUCUUCUUCUUAAAGGCAGAUAUUUUAAAGAAGCCGCUCUGCUCAUUCUUUGGUAUGUUUUUGCUGAAUCUGUUUCAGUAAAAAAGUCAGGUUCUGUUUCUGACAUAAGUCCCUGUGAUGCUUCUGCAAUAGGAGUUUCUGUUGCUUACAGUAUCUUUGCUCUGCUAAAAGAAAACAUUUGCGCUGAAUGGAGUCCACAAAAUGCUUUUCUAUCUCCGUCUUGUUUCUUGUAUCUUGCUGAGCGCCUGCUCGUCAUGGUUUCUUAUUUCCAGGGAUACUUAUUUGUGACAAAGUCACCAUGUGUUGAACAUAGAGAAACUCAGCAGCAAUGAUUUGUUGAAUGAACUGCUUCCAGAGGCAGGUGAUACUAGCAUGGCACAUGAUAAUAUUAAAGAACUUGUCUUGGGAAAGCCACAUAGUAUCUUCUGGGAGAUAAUUUCUGAACUAGUAGCCUUAGACAAAGAAACUGGUAGGUUUAUGCAAUUCAAGUCCACAGCCCCACUCAUCAAGGUGGAAGUGGAGAAAGUGUCGAGCCUCUUAUCGUAUAUGAUAGCAUUGACUCUUGAGGCAAGCAAGUUUAAGAAUGAUGAAGAACUGUUACAUGAAGCAAACAUCAUGAUAGACGAGCUUAACCAACUCUCAUAUGCUCUGGAUAUAAGGAUUCUCUGCGAGGAGAAUACACAAAUGGUGGUGAAGAUUUCAGAAGGGCUGCAAUCAAGGAGACCGAAGAUGGAGCCUUUCUUGGAUCAUCUUUUCAUGCAAAUGCAUCAGGAAAGCAUGCUCAAUUGA